CGGUGCAAGUUGGAUUAGUCCUCACAAGUCACGACACGCCUGUCUUCGAGUUUGAGGCCACCUCUUCCCUUUCUCCAUCCUCUAACCUAAAUUCCCCAUUCUCUAGAUCUUGCAAGAAGGAUGAAGAUGGAAGAUAAAGGAUGGUCUCUGCCAGCGGCCAUCGGCAGGGUGGUGGGGAAGCUGCGUUUCUAUCUGGGAAACAACAGUCAUUCAGGCAAGUUUAAGGGCACCAUGAAGAUGCUCGAUUUGUUGGAGGAGAAGCUCAGGCUCCUCCAAGACGAGAAUCUGCAGCGUGUCAGUCUAGACCGAGAGGAAGAGAUGGGUUCAUGGCUACUGCAGGUGAAGGAGGCUGCAGACGACGCAGAGGAGCUAGUCAAGGACAUGGAGACCGGUGAGUCUGCAAUUCCUGAUGUCAUGGCUUGGUUUCGUUCUGGUAGCAGUAACCUCCUCAGAAUGAAAUAUAGCAUCGGCAGACUUGUUAGUGUGUGCACUGAAGGUGAAUCCCUUCUUGGCUUUCUUAACCUGGAUGAGGAUGUCCGGGAAAGCAUGCGGAAUGACAGUGCUUCCUCGACAUCUUAUCAUACCUAUGUUGGUCGAGAUAAGGAACUAGCUAUGAUAUUGGACAUGGUAUUGGAAGAUGCUCAGUUCAAGGUGGCAACAUCGCUUGAAAGCUGGGCAAGUGCUGACACCUUACAAAUUUCUCAGAAAGGAUGGAUCAUUGAGACCCUCCAAAACAUCAAUCCAUCUCAGCAGAGACAUGAAGAUGCAGAAGUAUCACCUUACCAAAAAGAAAUGGGUGGCACCAUAGAAUAUACCCAGGUGUACAAUAAUACUGUUGGUGAACUGAGGAACCCUAUCAUUAUUCCGAUGGUUGGAAUCAGCGGGGUCGGUAAAACAACCCUUGCGCAGCUCAUUUUCAAUGAUAAAAGGGUCCAGAAGCAUUUCCAGGGUCAAUCUGCAUGGAUCUAUUGUACUGACAACAUCAGAAAGGAAGAAUUGAUGACAAAGAUCUUGGUAUCUUUGCAGCCUCAACGUAAAAUUCUAGAUCUUGGGUUCGAUCUCAAUAGCCUCCAUGAUCAACUUCAGAGUUUCAUAGAAGGAAAGAGGUUUUUGCUUGUACUUGAUGAUGUGUCUGAUGACAUCCGUGCAGUAUGGGGUGAUGUAAAAAGUGUACUAAGCAGAGGUGCACCUGGAAGUGUUGUCUUAGUCACAACCCAACUGUAUGGUUUAGCCAGCUGUGGGGACUACAGCUCCAAUAUUUUUGAAUCCGCUACAGUAUGAUGACUUGUGGAAACUUUUUAAGCAUCAUGCCUUUUUUGGCAAUCAAAGUACACAAGCUCUGGAGUCAAUUGGGAGAAAAAUUGUUGACAAAUUACAUGGACUUCCUUUAGCAGCAAUAAUGAUUGCAGUAUCGUUGAGAAAUUAUUAUGACGAAGUGUGCUGGAAUAGACUUUUAAAAAGUUGGUGGUGGAGUGUUUCAAGUAACAGUUUGGGCAUCCACAUUGCAGCUUCUCUUGGGGUUUGUUAUUGUGAAUUACCUGCAUAUUUGAGGCAAUGCUUGAUUUAUUGCUCGAUAUUUCCUAGGAAUUAUAUAUUCGGAAAAUAUGAGUUGAUCCAAAUGUGGAUAGCUAAUGGUUUCGUCGAGCUAGACAACACUGUGGGUCCCAGAAGUUUGGAGGACGUAGCUGCUAAAUGGUUUGAUGAACUUGUUAAUAGGUGCUUUCUGCAACCAACAUUCUGGGAACUCCAAUAUGUUAUGCAUGAUUUGGUUAGAGAUUUUACAAUUGCUCUAAUUUCUAAUGAGUAUCGUGGUGUUGAUUGUGAACUGGCACAUCUUCCACAAAGUGUCCGCCAUUUAUCCGUAAGUAUGGAGAAUAUGAAUGUGCCACGGACUGACUAUAAUAUUAAAAACUUGCGAUCACUCAUGUUGUUUGGCGGCUUACGUGACAGCAACUCUAGUGAAUGUAACACCACUGUUGGUAGCCUUCUGGAGAAGUCUUAUGGCACCGUUGAUUGCCUUACUGAGAUAUCCUAUGACAAUGUUGAUAACAUUUCCGAAGGGUGUUCUGAUGCAAUUGGUAAUGACCAUGCUGACAUUAUUUUGAAGAGAUCUUGUGUGACUAUUGGAAGUAUUCUAAGGAAGUCAACAUGCCUGCGGUUAUUGAACUUGUCUAAUAUGAGGCCAAAUGCUGCACUAGCAUGCUCCGAUAAUCAUCUACUUGUUGAAGAUCAUGUUACAGCAUUUGCGAGGUUCAUUACAAGACAUCACAUGCUGCCCCAUUUGACUCACCUCAGAUUCUUAGAUUUUUCGUACAGUGGGAUUACCGAACUUCCUGAUUCAUUAUGUACCUUGUGCAAUCUCCAGGUUCUUGGCUUGCGAAGCUGUGGAUUCACACAGUUACCAAGAAGCAUGAAUUCAUUAAUUAGCCUGCGACACUUGCAUGCAGAUGCAGAUACAAUUGCUCUAAUUCAUGGCAUUGGAGGGCUAACAAAGCUCCAAGACUUGCACGAAUUCCGUGUUAAAACAGAGGAUGGCUACAGAAUAACUGAGUUAAGGGACAUGAGGUACAUUGAAGGUUCCCUUUGUAUAUCAGAUCUUCAGAAGGUGGCGAAUCGAGCAGAGGCAACUCAGGCUAACUUAUCCAGAAAGGAUGGUAUUACUUGUUUACAUCUAAAAUGGGACAGAAAUCAAUCUUUGAAGGGUAAAUAUAACCAUUUUGGAAAGGAGUUGAGUCAGUAUGAUAUAGGUCAAAAAGAGCCACUUCAUGUUAUCUUACUUCAGAAGAAUGAUAUGCCUUCAGAUAUUUCAGGAUCAAUUGUGAAUCCAUCUACACUUGAUCCGCCCAUCAACAUACUACAAUGUUUGGUUCCACCUAGAAAUUUGCAGAAGCUGAAAAUUUUUGGGUACCCAGGGUAUUCUUUUCCAGACUGGGUGCAAGGGCUCAGGUAUAUCCAAGUUAUUGAGAUAAGCCACUGUAUAGAACUGCAGGUACUUCCGCCUAUGGGGCAGCUGGAGCAUCUAAGGAAAUUGAAGUCAUAUGAGUUGCCUUCCAUAAAAGAUGUCAGUUCAGAUGUAUAUGGAACCUCAAAUAUGGUCUUUCGAUCUUUGGAGGAGCUAAGUUUUGGAUCCAUGGUGAAAUGGGAAAAUUGGGCAGAUGCAGAGAAUAGAGAAUUCUUUCCAAACCUGCAAAAGCUGCACAUCAAUAGGUGCUACAACUUGAGGGAACUACCUUUUAUGGCCUUGGGCGUAGGUAUCAAAGAACUUUCACUUUCAGGUUGUGGUUCAUAUUGUGGUACAGUAUCAAGUUAUUUGCAUAGAUUAACUUGUCUCACACAUUUAAAGGUAAAUGAUUGCUCAAAAAAGUUAAUCCUUCCAUGUCAAAAGCUGGUAUCACUGGAAUACUUGCACCUUUCAAAUUGUAAGGAGCUCUGCGUUGAGGGUGGAAUUCUUUGUAUGAACAAUUUGAAAGCCCUACAUAUUUCCAGCUGCCACAUAGUCGGAUUAUCCCUAGAGGAACAUCUCACUCGCCUGCUCUCGGGUUGGGCAUCAAUGUUCGGAGAAGAGCAAGCACUUGAUCUUAAAUCCACUAUUCUCCAGUUAGUCAAAGAGGCAGGCAUGAAAAGUAAAGAAAUCCACCUUCCUGUUUCUUCUACAGUUGGAUUAUCCAAAAAGUCAGGCAGAAAAAGGAGAGAUGGACAACAUAAACCCGAGCACAUUCACAUUAUGUCAUCUCUCACUGACCUUACGAUGGAUAACCUUUCCCAGUCUCUAAAUCUUGAUAAUAUCCUUUGCAAGCUUUCAACUCUUCGUUCCCUGUGUCUUCACAAGAUUCAUAAUAUAUCUGUUCUUCAAGAACAGUGGCUUGAGCAAAUUAAGUCCCUACAGGAGCUGGAGUUUUCUAAUUGCUACCUACUCAGGAAACUCCCAUAGAACUUGGUCUUUCUAUCAUCCUUGAAGAAGUUGAGUCUACAGUCAUGUUCCCAAAUUCACUCUCUACCAUCGGAAGGUCUACCACGCAACCUAAAGGAGUUACAGAUACUAGGUUGCUCACCUAUACUAGAGGCACGAUGCCAGAAGGAAGAUGGAGAGAUAUGGGUGAAGAAGAAGAUACAGGAACAGCAGAAGCAGACAAUAAAUGAAUAUCAACAGAAAAAAGUAAAUGAGUUCUGGCAAGGAUGGCAGAAGUACGAGGAAGAGUGGGUGCAGUGUGCAGGGGAGCAGCUGAAGAAUAAGGGAGAGUGGUUGACGAAUGAAGAAGAGGACUGGCUGAAGCAGCAUAAUGCGGUGGAUUCAGUAAGUAAUGUAGAUGUGUGGCUCAAGUCAACAGGAGAAGACUGGCCAAAGAUUGCUCACAUUCCUUAUAUCCGCGGGAAUGGCGAUAUCAUACAGAAUCUUUUUCACUGAAGCUUCAGAUUCAUUAAAUCUGUGUUAACUGUGAAGGUGAAAUUCAGAACUAGGUUACUAUUACCCUCAUAUUCAAUCUAUUAUUCAUUGUUGUUUCUGUUUGGCCUCUUAUUCUCGGGCAUGUCAUUUUGAAAACUAUGCAUUGUGUGAUAAAUUGCUGCCUGCCUAGCAUGUGAUGCAAACACAAAAAAAACAUACAGAAAAGAUUGCUAAGAAAUGUACCAACAACUUUGUGAUUCAUAUUUAUAAGGCGCUGGACAGCUAAUGGCGUGCAACUAUUAGUUCAUAGUAUAUUGCUUUAUUGUUGUCUGCUUUGAAUUGUGUGGUACAGUGUUUUCUAUAUUUCCCCAACAUGUAUGGAGUAAAGAAGGCAUCUGAACUUCUACAGCAUAAAGAAGGCAUCUGAUCUUAUAAAGUUUAGCAAAGAUUUGUCCUGUUUCUUUCAAGAAGUGACAAGUGACAGCUUUUAGGAAGCUGUUCCGUGUCCUCAGUGUCGCAGUGGAACCAACACAGCACAUCCUUGGACUGCGACGCAGCUGCGUGACCGUUCUGAACCGUCUAUGUGGUUUGAGCUCUGAAGUCUGAUCUGGUGCGAUGGGUUUCAGACAAAGACUGAAAGCCAGCAGUUUGGCUCCUCACCGGAUUGCCAGGCGUUCAUCGCAGCAUAUAGGAGUAUUUCACAUCUAUGUUGUUGAAGCCCAGAAUAGCCUGCAUCUCACAAUCUCUUCCUGCUGCUGGCUGCACCAGAACUUCUCCUGCCAGACGACAGCAAACUGAGGAACCAGUGGAGAACAUCAGUAUGCUUCACCGGCUGUGUUCCUCGGCCAUCUGUUUCAUGGUCAACCAAUGAAUCGAUGCACAAUCGGCUGUCAGCAUCUGUUUCCUCGGUAACAACUAACAAUUGAUGCCCAGUUAUAUUAUAUGCAGCGGAUCCUGUGGUUAUGGAGACACUAUGAUUUCCGGUGAUAAGGGACUGAGGAGAUCGAGCAAUGUGCUAGGCACUAACCAGAGAAAAGUGUGGGGCGGUCACCGGUGGUGUGUGCUUUUAUUCCAUUCUCAGUGGGAGGUUUUACGGAACAAUUUUCAGGACUAUAACAUCAUCUAAACUGAUUUUACUUGAUGUUAGUUGAUUUCCAAGGAAUAGUUUCGUAACAAAAUUUCAUUUAACUACGAUGUGCUGAAUUGGAGGAAAUCAGAUGAAAUGGAACUUUACGUGUAACUCACGCAUAUCAUCUUGAAAUUCCUAAUCACUUUACUGUCUUUA